AUGGUGAAGGAAAAGAAAAAGUCCGAGAAAAAGGCGGGGGACAAGUCGGUCCGCUCCCCCUCCUCCACCAAUGAAUAUCCAGAGUUUUCCAAACAAGAUGGCAGCGUGGUCCGGCAGGAUGUGACCCUGACUGCUGCCCGCAAGGUGGAGAAGCGGCUCAAUGAGGCGAGCCCCAGGAGAGAGUCCAAGAGAGAUGAGCCGCCCAGUGAAGACACCACGCAGUACGAAGAGCCGGUCCUGACCAAGCUCAUCGUGGAAAGGUACGAAGGGGAGAAAGUCCGUGGACUGUACGAGGGUGAGGGCUUCGCAGUCUUCCAGGGAGGAUGUGUGUACCACGGCAUGUUUUCAGAAGGGCUCAUGCACGGACACGGGGUGUAUGUUUGGGCUGACAAAUUGAAAUAUGAGGGGGACUUCGUGAAGAACAUCCCCAUGAACCACGGCAUCUACACGUGGCCAGACGGCAGCACCUACAAGGGGCAGGUGGUCAACGGCAUGCGCAACGGCUUCGGCAUGUUCAAGUGCAGCACCCUGCCCGUGUCCUACAUCGGCCACUGGAGUGACGGCCAGAGGCACGGCAAGGGCUCCAUCUACUACAAUGAGGACGGCACCUCCUGGUACGAGGGCGACUGGGAGAACAACAUCAGGAAGGGCUGGGGGAUACGAUGUUACAAGUCUGGAAACAUCUACGAAGGCCAGUGGGAGGACAACAUGCGCCACGGGGAGGGGAGAAUGAGGUGGCUGACCACCAACGAGGAGUACACCGGGCAGUGGGAGAAGGGCGUCCAGAAUGGCGUUGGAAAGUACACAUGGUUUCUCAAGCGAAUCCCCAACUCCCAGUAUCCUUUGAGAAACGAAUACGUUGGCGACUUCGUCAAUGGGAGCCGGCAUGGCCACGGGAAGUUUUACUACGCCAGCGGGGCCGUGUAUGAAGGAGAGUGGGUUUCCAAUAAGAAGCACGGCAAGGGCCGGCUGACUUUCAAGACCGGGCGUGUGUAUGAAGGCCUGUUCUGCAAUGACGAGAUAGUGGAGCCCUCAGAGUUCGAAGGGGAGUCAAGGACCAGCUCGGACCAGAGUCCAGGGAGCUCCCCCAGGAGCAACUGUGGCUCCUGUCUCACCGCUGAAAUUAUACGAAUGCUUGAUGGCAGCGAGAGUAACUCUGUGCUGGGGACAAGCAUUGAACUGGACCUUGAUCUGUUGCUGUCCAGGUACCCUGAGAAGGACCGGAUGGAAGAAAAGAAGCAGGUGGAAUUUGCUGUCCUGAGAAACAUCACAGAGCUCAGGAGGAUCUACAGCUUCUACAGCAGCCUGGGCUGCGAACAGUCUCUGGACAACACCUUUCUCAUGACCAGGCUUUACUUCUGGAGGUUCCUCAAAGACUGCAGAUUUCACCACCACAAACUCACGCUUGCUGACAUGGACCGGCUACUCAGCGCCAACAGUGCCAGCUCAGUAGAAGAAAUCCAUUCUCCAUUUACGACAAUACUGCUGAGACACUUUCUGAAUUAUAUCCUGCAGCUGGCUUACCACAUCCACCACAAGGAAUACCAAAACAGGAGCCCGUCGCUUUUCCUGUGCUUCACGAAACUGAUGACCGAGAACAUUCACCCGAACGCCUGUCAGGUGAGAGGCAACUUGUUCAGUGAGCAGCAGCGGACCCUCUAUGCGAUGAACUACAUCGACAAGUGCUGGGAGAUUUACACCGUUUACUGCAGACCGAGCACCCUGCCGCCCGGGGAGCCAACCAUGAAGAUGAGGCACUUCCUCUGGAUGUUCAAAGACUUUAAAAUGAUAAAUAAAGAAUUAACAGCAACCAAGUUUGUGGAAGUCAUAGCAGAGGAUAAUCCUUUCAUACAUGAUGGAAUUGACAGCAACUUUGAACUUGAGCUGGUUUUCCUGGAAUUCUUCGAAGCACUCUUAAGCUUUGCGCUCGUCUCCAUCACGGACCAAAUGACCAGGUCAUACACCAACACUGCAAACGAAGAGCUGUCUGCAAACAAAUACGGGAGCAUCCUCUGCAGUCAGAAUUUGCAGACCCAAAGCCAGAGUGCCCUGGGGAGCCGCGAGACCGUGCACUUCGCCAGCACCAAGUCUUCGAGCAAGCUGGGCCUCCUGCUGGACAUCAUCAAGACCCGGAAGUCGGAGGCCAAGAUCAAGAAGUCUCUAAGUGAAGAGAGAGUUUCCAAAAUAAGUUUCAAACCUGUAGAAAAAGAAAUAUCCUCCUCUCAUAAUGAGGAAUUUGAAAAGCCGAAGGACGAGCAGAAGGAGAGGCUGAACACGUGGGUGAGUCACCUGUACGUCUUCUUUGUGAACACGCUCUUCCAAGCCUACAAGCACGAGGAGAUGCUGAAGGAGAAGAUCAAGGAGAAUCGGCAGAGCGAUGCCCUGGCCGAAAAGCAGAGGAAGCUGGAGGACGACGAGCUGGAGGCAAAGCUGAACGUUUUAAGGGAAGAAGCCAAAAAAGACUAUGAGAGCGACGCCACUGCCGGGAAGGAGCCGGUCGAUGCCGCCUCCUCGCACCUGACGGCAAGCCCCAGAGAGGACACGGUGGCCCAGGCCACCAAGUCCACCACCAUGAAGCGGAGGAGGAGGUAA